AUGUUUAUUCUUCACCAAGGUUAUGAUAUGCUUAUAUUGGUAUUAUAUGUUGAUGAUAUCAUGUUGACUGGUAGUUCUUCUUUGCUGAUGGAUAAGCUUGUUCAAGCUUUAACUUCUGAGUUUUUAAUGAAAGAAUUAGGGGAUUUGAACUACUUUCUAGGUCUUAGGGUUUUAGUUCAUGCUGGAAAACUUCUUGAUAAUCCAGAUGAGUAUAGGAUGAUAGUUGGAAGUCCGCAGUAUCUAACAUUAACCAAACCAGAUAUUUUCUUUGGGGUUACAUAUAUGUCUCAGUUCAUGAAUGUCUCUACUGAUAAGAAUCUCUUUCUUGUGAAGCGAAUCUGA